AUGGAUGGCCUAGAAACAGACAAAAUCACAAAGAAGGUAAAAAAAGAUUCGCAUAAACAGGCAAAGGCGCAAAGAAACCCAUUCGGUGAUGCAUCAGAGAUAGGUGCAUUCAAUGGGCCUUGGCGUGGGUUUGUAGGCAUGCAUGAAAGCAGAAAUACGCCAAGAUAUGCACGUGAAGAACAAUGUCUCAAGAAAAUAGUCAACAAACACUGCCUUGUACAAGGAAUGGAGCGCUCAAGAAGCAUGUAUGCAUUAUCAAUCAACGAUCCUGCAUUGAUAAGAACACCAAUGUCUAAGUUUGUCAUUCCAAACCGCAAUACUGCAUUGUUCAACGAGCACAAAGAUACAGUAACAUCAUGCGUUCUUUUAAAGAAGCACAAGCUGCUUGUCUCGUCAAGUUUGGAUGGAAAGGUACAUCUGUACAACUUAAGAAACAACGAGCUCGUGAAGACAUACAUGGGACAUAGCAAGGCUGUAUCAUCAGUAGUGCUGGACACUGAUGAAUCGAGAUUCACCACAGUGUCAUUUGAUGGAUUUCUCAAACGAUGGCAAGUCGAAAAUGGCCGGUGUGACUCAGUAAUAGAUUUAAGUGUUCCCCUCACAUGCCAGGCCAAUCAAUCAUCAGGCAAUCUUUUACUUGCAGCAGGGCUAGAUGGAGGAGUCCGAACUUUGGAUAUGCGCAGUAAAACAGUUGAGAAUCAAAUCAAUGUGCAUGAUGAAAACAUUCAAAAUGACAGAUUCAAUCAAUUUUCUAUAUCUGAUCUUGCGCUCGAUGAGCAGAGAAACACACUGCUGGCCAUAACAAGAAAUGGACAACUGCAUCAGAUUGAUCUCCGUAAUUAUAAGUAUUUCAGAAUUCAUUCUGGAGAAUAUUCAUUUAUUGAGUUUGACUCAAGUAGAGGCAUGUUUUUGGUGGCUUGCAGUAAUUAUAUAGAUAUAUUCAAUGCACAAUCAGGUUUAAGCUGUGUUGAAAAAACAAGCAAACAGGAUUGCAUAAGUACAGAUGUACAGGAAGCUCAGCAAAUGCGGAUUCCGAUUACAAAUAGAUGCUCAACAGUACCAAAAGCUUCAGAAGAUGGUACCUUUAUAUGUUAUGGUAGUGAAGACGGCUUUAUAAACUUUGUUGAAUGCACUUCGCAUCAAAUCACAUCCAUUGGAGUUCGAGGAGAUCCAUGCACUUCAAUAGAUUGGAUAGACGGGAGCAUAUCGAAUCUUGCAUCAGGAAACCUACUUGGAAAUGUACAGAUAUGGGAAUAA